GGAUGUGGGCGGGGCCCUGGCUUGUGCAGGGCCUCCGCUGCGGCGGUUCGGAGAGGCGGAACUCUACCUUCUCCUAAUUAUGUGAGCGGCUGAGGCUUUCAUGGGGGGGACCAGGGUGGAAGAGGACGAGGACCCAAACUGGCGGACUUCCCGACCUUCGCCGUCCUCUCGGCUCUCCCGCCGGCCGCUCUGCCAGGGUGUAUCUCCCUUACCUCAGCCCUGAAACAUCCUCUUGAAACUGUGUAAAUGAGAAUGUCCUUGGCUCAGAGAGUACUCCUCACCUGGCUUUUCACGUUACUCUUCCUGAUCAUGUUGGUGUUAAAACUGGAUGAGAAGGCCCCUUGGAACUGGUUCCUCAUAUUUAUUCCAGUCUGGAUAUUUGACACUAUCCUUCUCGUCAUGCUGAUCGUGAAAAUGGCUGGACGGUGUAAGUCUGGCUUUGACCCCCGGCAUGGGUCACACAAUAUCAAAAAGAAAGCCUGGUACCUCGUCGCCAUGUUACUCAAGCUGGCCUUCUGCCUGGCACUCUGCGCGAGGCUGGAACAGUUCACUACCAUGAACCUCUCCUAUGUCUUCAUCCCGCUGUGGGCCUUGCUGGCUGGCGCUCUGACAGAACUUGGAUAUAACGUCUUCUUUGUGAGAGACUGACUUCCAGAACACCGGAGACCUGAUGGGAAGUACCAAGUGUAGUUCUAAGCUGCCAUGAACAGGGUUGUGGAGGCAGGAACUUGUAGCCAACCCAAAGCUGAAUUAUUCAGUAUUUGAGUUACUGAUAUCUUUGCUAUCCCUGUGUAAAUAAAGCUUGUUUCUGACCUUA